UUUUAUUUUAUUGCAUAUGCAUGAUGUACAAUAAAUUAUUUUGUAUAUUGAUCUUGACUGAAAUAGUACAGUAAAGGCACUAUGAGAAAUAUACAUGUUUUGUGUAUUGUUGGAGUUAUUUUUAACUCAAUCUCAAGCAAUGGAAUCCUAGGUCAAGGAAUAUCUUUUGGAGACUUGAAAGAUUUAUUUGUAGCUGUGGAUAAAAUUGUUGAGAAUCCAGAUGAUUUCUUUGACAAAGUGAAACAAGAAUUACAAAAAGAAAAUGUAACCUUAAGGUCACUGAAUUUUCCCGAAAUACCGGAGUUCCCCCAGAUACCGGAUAUCCCCAAGAAUUUUCCCGAGAUACCGGAUAUCCCCGAGAAUUAUCCCAAUACACCACAGUUAAGAUUUCUUGGAAUUGGGAGUAUGUUUAAUAAAGUAAAGAACACCGUAACUGGUAUAUUUGGUGGGGCCACCGGCGCCCUGGACCUCCCAGUUAAGGCAAUAGUAGGAGCUGUACUCAAAGUCAUGCGAACAAUCUUUGGAGAAAGAAUAUCAAAUGUUUCAAGCUCAAUUUACUGUUUAAUAAGUAAAUGCAUAUCUUUGUUUAUUAACUAUGUACUACCGCUGUUGAAGGCUCUCGCUUAAGUCUCUAAAAGUUGUAGAAUUUGUUUUGUUUUACAAUAAAUUGUUUCAAAUCAAA